AUGGAUAUCUACGGCAUUGGGAGCCGGGUCCGCAAGUCCAAAGUGUAUGAAACGCUGGUCCAUCAAGCGCCCAACACCCUCACGCUCCGAGACAAAAAGAAACAUGCGCAGAGAAGGCGGAUCAUGAGUCAAGGCUUCUCGGACGCAGCCAUUCGGUCCUUUGAGCCUCGUGUCCUCGAGCUGGUACAAAGGCUCUGCGGUAUUCUCCAGGGCGAUCUUAAUAGUAACGAUGGAAAAUGGAGUAAAGGCCAGGACAUGGCAAAGUGGUUCGACUACCUCACCUUCGACAUCAUGUCGGCCCUGGUCUUCAGCGCUAGCUAUGACACCAUCCGGCAGGAAAAGUUCCGCCCCAUCAUUAACGCUAUUGAAGAAUCGAAUGUUCGAGUGAGUGUUAUUCUGCAGGCUCCCAUCCUCACCCUUUUCCGGCUCGAUAAGAGGCUGUUCUCCCGGUCGAUUCUUUGGAGAAAUCGCUUUAUCAAGUUCAUCAGACGGACGGUCUCAGAGAGGGUCAAGAAAAGUUCCCUGCUAAAGGAGCGGGAUGUCUUUUCAUAUCUCAAAUCAGCCAAAGAUACUGUCACCGCGAAGACAUUGCGGAUUGACGAACUUGGAGGCGAGGCUGCUACGUUGAUUGUCGCUGGUUCCGAUACCACCGCCACUACUCUGGCAGCAACACUUUUCUAUAUCAGCAGAGAGCCCUCCGUGUACGAGCGAGUAACCCGGGAAGUCCGCAGCUGUUUUGCGUCUGCGGAGGAGAUCCACGCGGGGACACAGUUGAACUCAUGUCAAUACCUGCGCGCCUGCAUCGAUGAGGCUCUCCGGCUGUCGCCUCCUGCGGGGAGUGCUCUCUGGCGCGAGGUUGAGGAAGGCGGGUCGAUGAUCGAUGGCUGUCACAUUCCGGCGGGGUAUGACGUUGCCGUUGGAGUCUACAGCAUUCACCACAACCCAACGAUCUAUCCGGACCCGUUUUGCUUCCAGCCAGAUCGCUGGCUGGAAGACGGACCUCCUGGGGUUCGAGAGGCCUUCAUGCCGUUUUCUCUUGGCACGCGGAGCUGUAUUGGAAAAGGCCUCGCCCUGGUGGAGAUUCUCUUGACUCUUUCCAACAUCAUUUGGCGGUUUGAUCUUGAACCCGCCGAGGGAAUGGAGUACUGCCAGGAGUACACAUUACAGGACCAUGUUACAGGGGCGAAGAAGGGGCCUUUUUUGAAAUUUCGCCCAGUUCAUCGAGCGCAAGGCAAGGAGGAUCAUAUUUGGAACGGUGUCGACAAUGGGAGGAGCAUGAUGGCUGCAGGAUAUGUAUGA